AUUAAAACUUUGGAACAAACUAAAGCCAUUGAAGAUCUAAACAAAUCCAGAGACCAGCUGGAGAAGAUGAAGGAGAAAGCUGAGAAAAAGCUCAUGUCUGUCAAGUCAGAACUGGAUACCACAGAACAUGAGGCUAAGGAGAAUAAAGAAAGGGCCAGAAACAUAAUAGAAGUGGUAACCAGUGAAAUGAAGACACUAAAAAAAUCUUUGGAAGAAGCAGAAAAGAGAGAAAAGCAGCUGGCAGACUUCAGGGAGGUGGUGUCCCAGAUGCUAGGCUUGAACCUGACCAGCCUUGCUCUUCCUGAUUACGAAAUCGUCAAGUGUCUUGAAAGACUGAUCCAUUCACAUCAGCAUCACUUUGUUACCUGUGCCUGCCUCAAAGAUGUGACUACCGGGCAAGAUAGGCACCCACAAGGCCAUUUACCACUUCUUCAUUGAACACUGUGUCUCUUGAGAGAGGUGGCCAUAAGAUAUGGGACACAAUUCCCAAUUUUACAGAUUCCUCAUGUCUUUGAGAUUUGAUCAGUUUGUGAAUAUUUUAUGCUUUGAUGAUAUAGUGAGAAUGCAUCACUUGCAAGAACGAUCUCAAAAGUGUCAGCUUUAGAUAAACACUCAG